AUGUAUUCCAAGGCCAUCUCCGUCUUGGUCGUCGUCCUGAGCGUGUGCGCCAUCUCAGUUCACGCCGCCGGUCCCAAUAUCAAUCUGAAGCGAAGAAACUUCCAUUCGCUCGCAGUCCUGGGCGAUUGGUUGUAUAUCGAGGGAGGGUCAUACUCCUCAUGGUUUGAGAAGGGAUUAUCGGAUCGCGUCGCAAUCAAUUCGACGUACGCCCUUCCCCUCACGCAACCAUGGAUGAACGGCUCGGUCAUAUUCCGUGAGACAGCAUACAAUGGAAAAGUCCAGACCGUCGACCAAUUUGGUCUCUGGACCGAUGGAAAUAACAAGAUGUACAAGUGGGCAGGCUCCUCGACCAACCGAUCCAAGGUGGAGGACACAUACAAGAAGACCCUGUACGAGUUCACCGUCGACGGCAAUGGUGGCGGAACCUGGAGAGAGAAGGAUGCCGCCAACCCCGAUACGUUCGCCGACCUCCGAGUAGCAAGCAAGGGCGCUGCAGCAUCAUGCAAGGGAUUCGGCUACUACAUGGGCGGAUCAUCGAGCUACUGGACUGAGUCUGGAGUCAGCGGCGAGCAAGACGGCGGCUGGUUCCCGGCUCCCGGACUGCUCACCUACGAAAUGAGCACCGGUAAGUGGGAGAACAUCUCGACCGACGGUUAUUCCAUGGACGGGCCCUUGAUCAACGGCAGAGGCCACUGCAUUGAGGGUUUCGGAAGCGACCCCCUCAUCAUGUUCCUGGGAGGCGGAGUAUCAUCGAUGUCGACAGGGAAGCAGAUCAAGCAGAAUUCUCUCGCCGACCUCUCAUUCUACAACCCUGUGAAGCGGAAGUGGAUUCAGCAACCGACUUCCACCGACGUGUCUCCGUUUGGAUCAGCCACCGCCCCGGAUUCUCGCAGCCAGUUUUGCCUGACAGGAGCUCGCGGAAAGAAUGGAACCUACGAGAUCUUUGUGUAUGGAGGAUAUAAUGAUCGCAUUUCGACAGAUCUAGACGACGUCUGGGUACUGUCUCUGCCAGCAUUCCGUUGGUUCAGAGCACCAUCAAGCCGAGCCCCUGGACGCCGAUACCACGAUUGCGCAACCAUUGGCAAAAGCCAGAUGAUCUCAGUCGGCGGUGCAACAGGCGACAAUGCCUUCAGCACAGUGGAACAAUGGCCCAAUGGCAUUGGAAUUCUUGACAUGAACACGGGCAACUGGGUGGACAGCUACAACCCAUCUGCUGGCGAUUAUGAGACGCCCAACUUUGUCCAGCAAUAUUAUCAAGAAAGUGAUUAUUCCGCCAGGGUCAACUGGACCAACGACGCGGACUUCAAGAGCAGCUUUUCAGGUCUGAAGGUUACCAAUACAACAAGUGAUGCGAGCAAAGAUGACACGAAUAAUGACAACAAUAACACCAACAAAACAAAUAUCGGCGCCAUCAUUGGAGGCGUACUUGGAGGAACGGCUCUCAUCACGCUUAUCCUGGCCGUCGCGUGGUUCAUGUACCAGCACCGAAGGCCGGCCUCCGAACCAGAACUACCGAGGGAUGAGCCCAAGAACUACUACUAUGGGUCGGAUUCAUCCUUCUAUUCCAAAUCAGCGAGCCCCGAGACGGUCUACUCCAAUCCGGUGUAUCCCAGUCCGGUUUAUGAGAUCCAUGAUGCUCGGUAUGGCCGCCCGAAUGUGGUUGAGCCGAUGAGACAACCGACGCCGCCGCCAGCAGAAAUGGUCGGCGUAUAA